UGGAAACGAUUUGACAUUGACGUAACAACCAAAACACAAUUUCCAUUUCCUAAUCGUUUCGUUUACAACUAGUUUACCAACGAAAUAUAAAGCUACUAAGUUGCGGAGUCUCCUUCACCAUUUAAACUAUCUUCCCUCACCAUCAUCCUUCACAAUGGACAAGCCUCUGUCAGCAGAUGACAUCUCUGCGAUGGAGAGUCAGCUGCGGCAGUGUGUGGAGGAGGACCGCCGGCAUUGGAGGGUCAAUGCGGUCAAGUGCGACGCCAUACACACUGCCAAGACCUAUGAGGAGUUUGCGGACCGCGUGUCGGGCGCUCACCUGCAGCCGCUGGAGAAGGCCGACUUCAAGAACAAGCCGAGCCCCUGGAACCAGUACGCUAGCGACAGACAAAAUCAUUAAUUUAUUUAAAUAUAAAUCUUUUCAUAUUUUUGAAUAGGUACUUAGUUUACUAGGAAAAAAGUCGGAGCGCCUUUGCGCUAUCACGACUCUAUCUGUCUCGUCCGUAUAAAUAUUUACGUAUUUAUAAAUGUGUUAACCAAAAGCUUUGUUAAAUCUCCCUUGGUCACAUUCUUGUAUCAAUGCCUGGAUAAAUGAAGUACUUACUU